AUGAUAGACAUUUUUGCCGCUUUACAUUACUCGGAAGAGAGGCAGGUUACUUUUGCGGUCUUUCAAUUAGAAGGGGUCGCUCGCUCUUGGUGGAAUAUUAUUCAGACGAAAUGGGAGCGAGAACAGACACCAAGAACGUGGGUGAACUUCGUAAGGGAGUUCAAUGCCAAGUACUUUCCACCAUUGGUCCAGGAGAAGAAGAAAGACGAGUUCAUCCGAAUCCGCCAAGGCACCCAAUCUGUGGCUGAAUACGAGAGCCAGUUUACCCGCUUGUCUAAAUUCGCUCCUGAACUCAUCCUAACUGAACAAAGGAGGGCGAGACGUUUCCUUCAGGGGCUUAACAUAGAAAUUCAAAAGGACUUAGCCGUGGCCCAAAUUACCACCUUUAGUGAUGCAGUUGAGAAAGCCUUGCGAUCUGAGAAUGCCAGGCUUCAAGUGAGGAACUUUCAAAAUAGAAAACGUGGAGCUUCUGGGAGUAGCUCAACUCAAGGGGAUAAAAGUACCCCUCCCAAAUUUGGAAGGGGAACCGGAGGGGGACGGUUCUCGGGUAUGGCAAGAGGGACUCCGCCAAGAGGUGGCCAGACUGGACGAGGCCAGCAGAGGAACGCCUCGCAAGGGAGUUCAGCCACCGUUUCUCGUGGACCGUGUAGCUUCUGUGGGAAACCAAACCACACGGAGGACGACUGUUGGAGGAAGUAG